AUGCCAUCACAUGUUUCUCUGAUCGUUCUAAUUGUCGCAAAAGAUGAUAAAACUUCGCACACACAAGGUCUAGCGAAGUAUCAAUCUGAUAAAGAUGUCUUUCAAUUUGUUAGAUGGAAAUAUUUUCAUCCAUUUAAUAAACCCCGUUUAGAUUUCUCACCAGGUAACAUCCUGUUUUUUUCUGGAAAAUUUGUGAUUGAAGAGGAAAAUGAAUAUAUUAUGGUUGCUUAUGCGAGCAUUAUUGAUGUUGGAGCUUCUGAUAAUGGUUUUAAAGCAGAUGAAAUCCCUCUUUGUAUUCCACAUUUCAUGUCACCUAUGAAAGUUAAUAAUAACCCAAAAAUUCAUAACGAUAACGUUUAUUUUGGUGCUCAAUGCCGUGUAUAUAAUGCUUUUACGGCUCAUAACGUUCAUAUGGAUUUAAUAGUUUUUUAUCCCGCUCAAGCCACUAGGUUCGAAAAACCUGACAUUAUUGCGUUAGAAGCUACCGAUAUAGAUUAUUUAUCAUCCUCGGAUAUAAACUUUGGUAACUUCGAAACUUCAUCAUCAAAUGCCGCAAGCUCUCUGUCAGAUCUCAGUUCAAUUGCUGGUGAAUUUAGAUCUGUUACUUCGCAAACCCCGAAAAAGUGUCAAAGAUCGGUAUUUGUUUCCUCCAGCGCAUUGAAUUCUCUUGACUUAACUACCGAAAAUGUUGAAGAAGGUUGGUUUGAAAAUAUAAGUGAAGAAAGACAAGAUGACAUCGAUGAGCAAAACGAUAAUGAUAAUGAAGAAAGCGAAAAAGAGCAAGAAAUAAAAAAGAAGAAACCGAGAAGAACUAAAUGGGAAGUAUGA